AUGGCCGGAAGAAUGCUAAAAUGGUCCCUCGAGCUAUCCGAAUUCGACAUACAAUACGAAAGCAGGAAGGCACUAAAAGCUCAAGCAAUGGCAGAUUUCAUAGCCGAAAUGACCUCAAUCGCUAACUCCCCGGCCCCCACUGAGAAUAAAUGGACCAUCUACGUAGAUGGCGCCUCAAGCAGCUCGGGAAGCGGGGCCGGCAUUAUCCUAGAAAACGACGAAAGUCUAAUCAUCGAAGUAUCCUUGGUUUUGUCCUUCACCACGUCAAACAACCAGGCUGAAUACGAAGCCUUCCUAGCGAACCUACGACUCGCCGAAGAUGUGGGUGCUCGGGAGGUCAAGAUCUACACCGACUCCCAACUCGUCGCAUCCCAAAUCAGCAGCGAUUACCAAGCCAAAAACGACGUGCUCGUCGAGUACCUCACGCUCGUCAAAGAUAAGAUGAAAAGAUUCGCAAUGGCAGAAGUCGAGCAUAUCCCCCGAGAACACAACUCAUGUGCCGACGUCUUGUCUAAACUCGUGAGCACGAGAAAGAAAGGCGGAAACAAGUCGGUGAUCCAGGAAAUCCUAUCCUGGCCGAGCAUAGAAAGGCCCCUAACCCCUACCAGUACUCGCCAUAGGCGACGACCACUGCUGGAUGACCCCGGUAUACAACUUCCUCACGAAGGACGAACUUUCGACCGAGGCGAAAGAAGCUUCCGCGAUCAAAAGACGAGCCUGCUCGUACACCAUCGUCGAGAACAAACUAUACCGCGAGGUUUCUCCAUUCCCCUCCUCAAAUGUGUCGACGCCCCGCAAGCGCUCGAGAUACUUCAAGAGCUUCACGAGGGGAUCAACGGCCAACACCCCGGCGGCCGAUCACUGGCGAGAAAGGCCCUCAGAGCCGGGUAUUACUGGCCGACCAUGCAGCAAGAUUCCAAGGAGCACGUCCAGAAAUGCGACAAAUGUCAGCGUCAUGCCGACAUGCACUUAGCUCCCCCGAAUGAGCUUAAGUCUCUGUCAUCACCCUGGCCUUUCUCCACCUGGGGAAUGGACCUCCUCGGAGCAUUCCCGGUCGGGUCGUACCAAAACAAGUAUCUAGUGGUCGCCGUGGACUACUUCACUAAAUGGAUAGAAGCCGAAGCGCUCGCCAGAUCACAUCCCAAAACAUGCUCCGCUUUUAUAAACGGAACAUUCUCGCUCGGUUCGGGGUACCACAGGCAAUUAUAA